AUGGCUGGUAAUAUAUCCAUCUCGCCAUUUCUAUUCCAGCGUUGUUUCCAGCAAGCAUGGUCCGGAUCGCGACGGGCUCGCGUCAAUUACGGCAACCCCAAAUAUGGACAAAAUGCCGAUGAUUAUGAUGCUUUACAGCUUCCGCGGAGGUUCGGCAUUGCCGUUAGUGGCGGCGCCGACUCAAUGGCUCUGGCAUAUCUAUGCAAGCAAUUAGAACGCUCGCCUGAUAUCGCCGGGGCUAUCUCUCUCACUGCAUUUGUGGUAGAUCAUCGCGCUCGUCCAGAAAGCACUCUUGAAGCACAAAAGGUUGCUGGCUGGCUUCGUGAUAUGGACAUCAAAACCCAGAUCCUUAGUUUAGACUGGUCUGAAAUCGUUUCAAAUAAGAAUCAAUUGUCUUCGUCAAAGUCAGCAUCAUCGAGUUCCAUGCCAUCCGCCUUUGAGACGCAUGCUCGCCGACUUCGCUUUCAAGCGCUCGGCAUAGCCUGCCAUGAGUUCAAACUUGAAACGUUACUCCUGGGCCAUCAUCAAGAUGACAACGUCGAAACCACCAUAUGGCGGCUUUCCGCCGGUGCAAACGGGCUAGGUCUAGGGGGCAUCCCCGAAGUUGCUCGAAUCCCCGAAUGCCACGGCAUUUUCGGGGCUUCUGAAAGCUGGUCGACCACAUCAAUCCGGACGAAACCAGAGACAAUGCCCCAAACCCGAGUCCGAUUCAAUGAUCGAAAUCGUGGUUUGAUCACAUUUCCUAAUACAGAUGCUGGGCCCAUCAAAAAGCAACCAGAUGAACCCCAAUUCAAUCUCACAUCCGAUGUACAAAUCGCAAGUCCCGGCAUAUACAUCUGCCGACCUCUGCUUCCCUUCACCAAAACAAGUCUCGUGGAGACCUGUCACAAGAACAAAGUCCCCUACGUCUCCGACCCAACAAACUUCGACCCAACCCUCACUCCCCGUAACGCCAUCCGCAGCCUUCGCACCUCAAACUCCCUACCGCGUGCGCUGGAAUCACAAUCCAUCCUCUCCCUCAUCCGUUCAAGCCAGGAUCUCCUCCAGAAGUCAAACGACCUAUCCAACUCCCUUCUCUCUUCCCAAUGCCGAAUCCUAGAUUUCAACCCCAAGGCAGGGUCAGCAGUCAUCCAAUUCCUGGAUCCAAGCCCCGCAUCCAUGGACCCCCAACUCGCAUCAUUAUCCACAUCUCAAACCCGACAGAUCCAAACCCUCGUUCUCCGACGCAUCACAGAACUCGUCUCCCCAUUCCCCGACAGCCACUUCUCCCUCCGCAACUACGAGUCACUAGUCCCCAAUAUCUUCCCCACUGCAGACUACAGUUCCCUUGGCACAAAACCCACACCAAAUGACCAAGAAAACCGUCCGAAACAAGCGUUCACGCUAGCGGGUGUUCUCUUCCAGCCUCUCGCAAAUGAAUCAUCACAAAACCCACAGACCGGCGAUAAUAUCUGGCUGUUAUCCCGGCAACCAUUUAUGAGAGACCGAGAUCCCGUAAUGCAAAUCAGUGUCUCGCCUAAUGGCAAUUUUACUCCGUGGACUUUAUGGGAUAACCGGUUCUGGAUGAGACUUCGUCUCGUCCCGAGCGAUCCUGCGCGCGAUCCUAGUGAAUUAGGGAAUCGUUUGUCAAAGGUUCCUCUUACGAUACGCCCGUUCCAUAAAUUGGAUAUCGAACGGAUACGCAGGGAUACGGUUAAUGCAAGGCCCCAGGGUGUGAAGAAGGAUUCUGCUGCUGAUCGGAAACAGCCUGGGACCUUUGAGCAUAUUAAAGCACUCUUAUCUGCCGAAGCGCCUUCUCAGCUGCGCUUUACUCUGCCUGUGAUCUCGAGGGAAGGUAUAAAUUCUAGACCGGGAAAGCCUGUGGAUCAGAAGGUUCGGCAGCAGUUGGCAUUGCCGACUCUGGACUAUCGGCUAUCUGGUCAUUCAGCUGAGUAUUCUUCUCUCGGUGAGGUGGAACUGACACAUCUACGCUGGCGAUGGAAGUUGAAGUGGCAGUGGAUGUAUAAAAUGAUUGACACUGAAGCACUGCGCCUAAUGGGCUGGCCGAUUGAUAAAGAUAUCUCAGACAAUUAG